CAGAAAGAACAGUAAAAAUGCAAGCAGGGCGCCGGACAAAGCACUCGGGACAAAAUUAUAUUAGUGAAUGUCACUUUUUAAAAAUUUUAAAUUUCCCCCCCGGCCCCCGUACGUCCCGUACUUCCUGUACAUCCCGACGCUCGCAGGGACCAGAACCCAGAGGAUGGAUACCAGCAUCGGCCAGAGGAGAUGGCCGGGGACGCUGCAGGGGACACAUCGCGGGAGCGCAGGACAAGGUAAGUGCUGGAGGGAAUCCCAGAGCAACGUUGCAGGGUAAUCCCGAGUGUAGCUUGGGGUUACUGAUUUUG